UUAUGUAGAAAGAUUUCCAAUUGCUUUCUGAACAUUGCACAAUAAACAUGCUCAGUUAAAACUUUUCAGGAUAGAAAAUUGACCAGAUAUUUAAGAAGUGGCACAACUGGUGCGGCAAACUUUUUAUUUAACUGUAAUAUUCCUAAAAAGGGGCUGAGUACUUCACCCUCUAAGAGUCAGGAAUAUAUGUAAUUUCAGUUAGUGAGAAAUAAGAUUCAUUUAACAAAAACAAAAGCCUCAGUUUCAAGGUAAUGCAUUUCCAAGUCUGAACUUGUUCAUUAAUCAAGCCUCACUGAAUUCAGUGGAACUCGUUACUCCAAAAAAGAGAUCACGGUACUACAAUCUGCAACCACAAUCUUAGACAUUUAGGUUUUCAAAUGAGUUUGUCAUGUUUUUUCUGUAUUUUCAUAACAAGACUGAAAUUGGUUCCCCGUUUCCAAGCUACAUGAGCAGCCUGGACAAGGAAGGGAUGUUUAUAUAUCUCAACAACACAAAAUAAAUUUUAGCCACCCCAAAUGAUGGACCCACUAGGAUGCGAUACUAUUCCCUUCAAGGUACCCUCCCCCUCCCCCAGUGAUUAGAGCCCAACAUUUUUUGUGCAGUGUCCUCCAAUACAUGAUACCACAAGACACUGCUUUGAAACAAGUAAUGUGGGUUGCCCACUUAAAUAGCUUUAGGCCAGCACAAAUCACCCCAUAUAUUUUUGGAAGGGUGGCGAAAAUUCUCUUUAGACAAGUCCUUUCCUCAUAGCACUGCAAUUACCACCAGGGAAACAAACUUAAGCUGGUCUAUUCAGAAGACCUUUUUUAGCAAUGAGGUGUACUCCUCAUCAAAUGUUCUUGGAAUCACAAGCCAAUAAUCAUUCGGUUUACUUCUUUUUUAUUAUUAUUUUGUUUUUUUUAAUGGGUCUGGUAAACCAUCUGAAAUAUAUGGAGAGGUCAAAUCAUUUUAACAAAGAAAGAUUCCAUAUUCAUAUUUGAUAUUCUGUUAUCUCCAGUGUGCUCAGUGAGACAAGUUACUCUUAAUGUGCAGAGGCUGUUUGGGGCUGUGUAAACUGCCUGCCAGCUUCGGUUGCCCUCACAGCCUGCCACUUUAUGACUGGGAUUUGCAACGGACCACUUGUCUGCCUUCUCCAUUGCCUCUCGCAAGCAGGACUUCAAUUCUGGUUUCGUUGGAGAGGAGAAUUUGCGUAUGAGCAGCUGGAACAAGCCUUGUUCCUCCUCCUCUUUCUCCCUAGAUGCAAAUUCAAGAGCCGUUCCAAGAAUUUAAGUAUCAGUUCUUCCAGAACAAACUCUGUGCAAAGUGCGCCUUCGCCUAGUUAGAACUGCUCGACUUUAUGCAUGUUUACUCAAAAGUAGGUACCGUUGAAUUCAAGUUUGCUCCCGGGUCAGAACGUGUAGAUCUCAAGCCAUGCAGCAGGCGCUUUUUCAUGCUUACUUAAGACAUCCAUCUCACAGGCAAAAUUGCAUCCAUGCAACUGGCUCCGAUGCAUGCUUAGUCAGGAGGAAACCCCACAUAGUUUGAUAGGUUCACAACCGCAGUCUCGCUUAUUUAACUUCAGAGGAUUUUGCUCCUAAUCAACGAGUAAGGUGCACUGCACGAGCCACCCGUACUGGGAUAGAACCGUUUCGUGCACUGAGACUCGGAAGCCACAUCCAGCUCGACCACUUUCCCAGCUUUGGCUUCGCGCGUGCGCAAUUCACAGCCAAGACUCGCAAGAGAAGCCGGCGUUUCAUUGCAUGCAUGCUUCUCACCGCCGCAUCGAAAAGUCUAACAUUCGUAAAGAGAAUCCCAGCCCUUACGCUACACGCACGCGCUUUAACUUUCUGUGUGGGAGGCUAAGCCGUUUCGCUAGAGUUUGCGUCGUUCUGCGCAUGCUUAGAAUUGCGGAAGGGUAGCCUGGGAGCGGUUGGUGACGUUGCGUUUGCCGCUUCCUCCUAUCGCGUCUCUGGAGGGGCGCAGGCGCGUUGAAGGGGAGGUGGGUGAGUCUCCUGAUGGAGUUUUGGUCGGUAAAAUUCGGGGGUUUUGCGUCAAGUACCGAAACGAUUUCGCUUUCCACGGCGAGGACUCGUGAUGGGAAAGUUUUCCAUUGUUUUUGAAUAGGGGCGUUCGUGUUAGUGCCCCAUUUCACGGCCUGUUGUGUUUUGUGGCAGAAAACAGCUGUUGUUGACCCAUCUCUGGACCCCUGUGUAGGGCACCCUUCCCUUUAUCUUCUCCUGUUCUUUGCCUGGAAAGGGGAGCACCUUCUGGGGACACGGGCAGAGGCAGAAGUGUGCUUUGGUGCUUUGGCAGGUCUCUAGGUCAAGCCAGGAUGAAGCUGGUGCGGAAGGACAUCGAAAAGGACAAUGCAGGCCAAGUGACCCUCAUCCCUGAAGAUGCUGAAGACAUGUGGCACACCUACAACCUGCUGCAGGUAGGCGACAGCUUGCGCGCCGCCACUAUCCGCAAGGUGCAGACGGAAUCUGCAACGGGCAGCGUGGGCAGCAACCGCAUCCGCACCACUCUCACUCUGUGUGUGGAGUCCAUCGACUUUGAUUCACAGGCCUGCCAGUUGCGCGUCAAAGGCACCAACAUCCAGGAGAACGAGUAUGUCAAGAUGGGGGCUUACCACACCAUUGAGCUGGAACCCAACCGUCAGUUCACCUUGGCCAAGAAGCAGUGGGACAGCGUGGUGCUGGAGAGGAUUGAGCAGGCCUGCGAUCCGGCCUGGAGUGCCGAUGUGGCUGCAGUGGUGAUGCAAGAAGGGCUGGCCCAUGUCUGCCUGGUGACCCCUAGCAUGACCCUGACCCGAGCCAAGAUUGAGGUAAACAUCCCUAGAAAGCGAAGAGGAAAUUGCACUCAGCAUGACCGGGCGUUGGAGAGAUUCUAUGAGCAGGUGAUGCAAGCAAUUCAGCGUCACAUCUCCUUUGAUGUUGUCAAGUGUGUGCUUGUGGCCAGCCCGGGCUUUGUGAGGGAGCAGUUCUGUGACUACAUGUUCCAGCAAGCAGUGAAGACAGACAACAAACUGUUACUGGAGAAUCGCUCAAAAUUCUUGCAGGUACAUUCUUCUUCUGGACAUAAAUACGCAUUGAAAGAAGCUCUGUGUGACCCAGCUGUAGCUAAUCGACUUGCUGAUACUAAAGCUGCUGGUGAAGUCAAAGCCUUAGAUGAUUUCUACAAGAUGCUACAACAUGAGCCUGACCGGGCUUUUUAUGGUCUCAAGCACGUGGAAAAGGCCAAUGAGGCCAUGGCAAUUGAUAUCUUAUUGAUCAGUGAUGAACUAUUUAGACAUCAAGAUGUGGCCACUCGCAGUCGUUAUGUCCGGCUAGUCGAUAGUGUGCGUGAGAAUAUGGGUAACGUUCGCUUCUUCUCUAGCCUUCAUGUGUCUGGGGAGCAGCUUGGGCAACUGACAGGUGUAGCUGCCAUCUUGCGUUUCCCUGUCGCUGACCUUUCUGACCAGGAAGAUGAAUCUAGUUCUGAGGAGGAUUGAUGCCACUUUUUCCUUCAAUAUAACCAGACUAAUACAGCACUUGGGACUUUGCCCUCCAAAAUAUUGUGAAUCAUUGUGCUAUGCCUUACAAAUAACUUUUGAGGACACUAUUUUUGUGAGUGACUGGCAGGGUAAGCAUAAGGUGGUGCUCAUUGCAGCAUAUUUAUAUAUUUUCUUUAGUGCAGUGAUAUUGAUUAUGAUGGUUGGUGCAAAUGUUGGUGCAAAAAUGCCGUGCAAAGAUUUAGAUUUCUGCUAGCAAAAGCAGACUGAGAAAACAUUGAAUUUGUCACCAUGGACUGUAUUUUAAGUAAAAUGUGUAGCUAAGCAGCAAACAUCACUGAUACUUUGGAGAUGAUGUACAAAAAUAAUAAAACUAUGAAAGAGA